UUUUGAGUUUCUCAGCAUAAAUACACAAGCAAAGAAAAGGAACGAAUAGGAAACUAGGCUAGGCUAGAGAAAAUGGGGAGCAUUCCAGUGACGGUCCUAGUUUCAAGUGACAAAACCAUUCCUCUCUUAGGUUUUGGAACAGCUGAAUACCCUUUUGGUACUUCCUCUGAGACCAUGAAAGACUCCUUUCUCCAUGCAAUAAAACUAGGUUAUCGACACUUUGAUUCUGCUGCUCUUUACCAAUCUGAGCACCCCCUUGGUGAAGCCAUAUCAGAUGCCAUACAGCUUGGGCUUGUAAAGUCCAGGGAUGAGCUCUUCAUCACUUCCAAGCUUUGGUGCAGUGACGCUCAUCAUGAUCGUGUCCUCCCUGCAUUACAUAAAACGCUCAAGAAUCUUAAAUUGGAUUACCUUGACCUGUACCUGAUUCACUUUCCUGUAAGCGUGAAGCCAGGUGAAUAUGAGCUGGCUGUGAAGAAAAAGGACCUUGUUCCAUUUGAUAUAAACUCUGUGUGGGAAGCUAUGGAAGAGUGUCACAAGCUUGGCCUGACAAAAUCCAUUGGAGUGAGCAACUUUUCAUGCAAGAAGCUUGAGACCCUGCUUACUACCGCAAAGAUUUCUCCUGAUGUUAAUCAAGUGGAGAUGAACCCACUUUGGCAGCAAAAGAAGCUGAGAGACUUCUGUGAGAAGAAGGGUAUACAUAUCACUGCUUACUCUCCUUUAGGAGCCAAAGGAACUCUAUGGGGUACAAACCAGGUCUUGGAUUGUAAGGUGCUCAAAGAGAUUGCUGAUGCUAAGGGAAAAACUAUUGGGCAGGUGUGCCUGAGAUGGGCUUUUGAGCAAGGGGUAAGUGUGCUGGUGAAGAGCUUCAACAAAGAGAGGAUGAAAGAAAACCUUGACAUAUUUGAGUGGAAACUAAGCCAAGAUGAUUUGCAAAAGAUCAAUCAACUUCCACAACGCAAAGGGUUUCCUGGUCUUCAAUUCAUCUCCGAUGAAGGUCCUUACAAAUCUCCAGAGGAGCUUUGGGAUGAAGAGAUUGAUUUAUCUUAAAAAAUAUUUAAUUGGGUAAUGAUAAUUGGGACUAUGUUUUGCUUUAUGUUAAAUUAGAUGUUUUUGAAAAAUCUUAGUAUGGCUUGGUAAAAUUAUAAUAAUUUUAUUAAGAAGUGUGUAUUGUAUCUGUCUAAUGUAUGUUGUUUCUAUAAAAAAAAAAAUAUAAUAAGAAAAGUCUGUUGUCCCUUUGUUUUAA